CCCAACCGCACGGGCAGUGACCCUAAUCUUCAACAUCCCGUCACCAUCAUCCAAACCCACUAUCAUCAUCACUCACCACCACCACUACCACCAACAACAUCACCAAACAAACCACCCAAAAUGGCCUUCGAAACCAAAGCCACCAUCGCCUCCUUCGGCGGCAAGCUCUACAAGCUGACCCACCAAUCCACCGAAACCACCACCCCCAUGGCCGUGAACCUCUACCUCCCCCCGCAAGCCCUCACCCCCACCCCCACCAAAGUCCCCCUCCUGAUCUACCUCUCCGGCCUAACCUGCACGCCCGAGAACUGUUCCGAAAAAGGCUUCUUCCAGCACCGCGCCUCGCAACUCGGCCUGGCCAUCCUCUACCCGGACACCUCCCCGCGCGGGCUCAACCACCCGGGCGAGACGGCCUCCUGGGACUUUGGCGCCGGCGCCGGUUUCUACAUCGACGCGACCCAGGAACCCUGGAAGAACGGCUACCGCAUGGAGAGCUACAUCACGCGCGAGCUGCCGCAGACCCUCUUCGCCGACGCCACGUACGGCGCCGCGCUGGACGCCUCGCGUGUCUCCAUCACGGGCCACUCCAUGGGCGGGCACGGCGCGCUGACGCUGUACCUGAAGAAUCCGGGCAUGUAUAAGAGCGUGAGCGCGUUCGCGCCGAUUGCGAACCCGGGGAAGUGUCCGUGGGGCGAGAAGGCGUUUACGGGGUAUUUGGGCGGGGAUAGGGAGGGGUGGAAGAGGCAUGACGCGAGUGAGUUGGUGAAGGGGUGGGACAAGGGGGUGGACUUGAAGGCGUUGGUGGAUGUGGGCACGGGGGAUAAUUUCUAUAAGCAGGGGCAGUUGCUGCCGGAGAAUUUGGAGAAGGCUGCUGCGGAGGCGGGGGUGAAGGGGUUGACGGUGCGGUAUCAGGAGGGCUACGACCACUCGUACUACUUCAUGGCUAGCUUUAGCGAUGACCACGUCAACCACGCGGCGAAGCAUCUGGGGCUGUUGUAAGGGAUGGAUCGGGGUUGAGGGUUUGAUUGGAAUAUGUGGUUGAUGAGGUAUGAACGGGCCACCCGUAUUGGAAAGGGGUGGCGGAAUAGAUACAUGAAACAGCAAGGUAGGAACGAUACGAUAUAACCACCGGUAUACAACUUUCAUAUCCCACCAUUCAAAAACAAAAUACCAACCGCAACAACGCCAUAUCCAUGAAUGAUGUCCCUUCGAGCAUGCCACACCCCCCUCACCCACCCCGUCAGCUAACCCUCUUCUCGACCUCCCCAAAC